AUGGAAGAUUUAGGCUGUGCCCUUGGUAUGAUGGUGAAAAUUUUCAACUUUUCAGAAUACAUGGAUGACAAGAGUAGAAUAUUUAUUACUACAAUCCCUGGAUGUGCAGGUCAGACAGAGCUACAUGAGAACCUCAGAACCUGUGCCAUGGUUGUCCCUGACAUUGAACUGGUCUCUGAAAUGAUGUUGGCUGCUGAAGGGUUUAUUGAUGCCUGUCUGUUAGCCAGGAAGUUCAUCACCUUCUACCCUCUCUGCAGGGAGCUGCUCCCUGAACAGGGCUGUUAUGACUGGGGACUUCAUGCUAUCAAGUCAGUUUUGGUAAUUCUGAAGCAAGGAGAUAAGAACAGACCUGAGGACCAUGUGCUUAUUUGCAUCUUAAGAGACUUCAAUUUGCAUAAAAUAGUGACAGAUGAUAUCCCAAUUUUCACAGGCGUGCUCAGUGACCUGUUUCCGUCUCUGGAUGUUCUGAAGAUGGGGAACCUACAGUCUGAGCAGAUGGUUAAACAAUCUACCCUGGAGCUCCACUUGCAGCCAGAAGAGAACUUUAUUCUCAAAGAUGUUCAGCUGGAGGAGCAGCCAUCAGUGUGUCACUCUGUGUUUGUGGGUGGAAUUGCAGGGAAUGGGAAGGGUAAGGUACCUGCCUGCCUAUGCAGCAUGUUUUCCAUCUCACCUUGUAAAGAAACUGCCACGGCUCUUGCAUAAAAAAUUCUUCAUGUUGCCUUUGCCUGAGGCUGCAGGGUAAUACCAUGCUGCUGAAGCCACUCAGCCAGCCACAUGCUGAGCAAUAGGAAGCUCAAAUGUUGCAAGCAAAUUCUACAUUUUAUGUGCUGUUUGCAUGUCCCAAAGGACAGUUAAUCAUGGCAUGAAGUAAUGAACAUUCAAUUUGACAGAUAGACUAAGUAAUACUUUGUUCUGGAAGGAGAAGCAGGAUGUUUUAAUUAGACUUCUAGAAAGACAUCAUGGAAUGUCCUGCCAAAAUGCUAGACAAAUAAUUCUAAUACAUAAUGCUUGCUUAUUUAUGCUACUAAAUGUUGGCAGCUGCGUAGAUUUUCUUCUCCAUUUAACAUUUUCUAGUAGAAUUGAGUGCGGAAUAUGGCUAUUUCAGACUGGGAAUCUCCUUUCCUAUCCUUAAGCUUAAUGGAAAUUUGGGGCUAAACCAGCACAGAGACAAGAAUAAAUUAAUGUAAACUGUUGGUUGAGUACAGGGAUUCAGUCCAAGAUCCACUUCAGGAAAAAGUGAAAAAUUCCUACUAUGUGAAAUAGUGUCACUAACAUUACCCUGCU